CGGCGCGCGCGGCGGUUGGGCCAUUGGGCGUUCGGCCCUGGGAUCCGCCGCGUCUCCGCAAGCGGUCGGCUCUGAGCCGUGAGCCGCCGUGAGCUCUCGGAUUCGAGCCGGCACCAGCGAGCCCGGGGGCAUCGCCCGCAGCGGCCAAGCUCAUGGCCGGCUGAGCGGGACGCCGCCUCCGCCUCAGCCACCGCCGCCGCCGCCGCCGCCUCCUCCUCCUCAGCCGGCGGCGGCCCGGGCCCAGCAGCCAUGGCCGAAGACUACUGGGACGGGCGCCUGCGGCGAACAGGAGGAGAAGGAGGUCGCGCGGCCUCAGCCCGGGCCGCCGCCCCAGGCGCCGCCGCGCCGGCCCCGCGGCGCUGAGGUUGCUCGCGCGCCCCCGCCGUCACUGUUUCAGGUCCUCAGGAUCUAGCCGUGACCUAAACAGACAGAAAUCUACCCUGGCGGAGCUGAUCUUCUAGUUAUGGCGGUCGCCAUGGAUCGGAUGAAGAAGAUCAAGCGGCAGCUGUCGAUGACACUCCGAGGGGGCCGAGGUGUGGACAAGACCAAUGGUGCCCCUGAACAGAUAGGCCUGGAUGAGAGUGGGGGUGGUGGCGGCAAUGACCUCGGAGAGGUACCCACUCGUGCCGCUCCUGGGGAACCUCGCUCUGGACGGGGCCCUCUCAGUUCUGCACCAGAAAUUGUACACGAGGACUUGAAGAUGGGGUCUGAUGGGGAAAGUGACCAGGCUUCAGCCACGUCCUCCGAUGAGGUGCAGUCGCCAGUGAGGGUGCGCAUGCGCAACCAUCCCCCACGCAAGAUCUCCACUGAGGACAUCAACAAGCGCCUAUCACUACCAGCCGACAUCCGGCUGCCUGAGGGCUACCUUGAGAAGCUGACCCUCAAUAGCCCCAUCUUCGACAAGCCCCUCAGCCGCCGCCUCCGCCGUGUCAGCCUGUCUGAGAUUGGCUUUGGGAAACUGGAGACCUACAUCAAGCUAGACAAGCUGGGAGAGGGUACCUAUGCCACCGUCUACAAAGGCAAAAGCAAGCUCACGGACAACCUUGUGGCACUCAAGGAGAUCAGACUGGAACACGAAGAAGGGGCACCCUGCACCGCCAUCCGGGAAGUGUCCCUGCUCAAGGACCUCAAACAUGCCAACAUCGUCACGCUACAUGACAUUAUCCACACGGAGAAGUCCCUCACCCUUGUCUUUGAGUACCUGGACAAGGACCUGAAGCAGUACCUGGAUGACUGUGGGAACGUCAUCAACAUGCACAACGUGAAACUGUUCCUGUUCCAGCUGCUUCGUGGCCUGGCCUACUGCCACCGGCAGAAGGUGCUACACCGAGACCUCAAGCCCCAAAACCUGCUCAUCAACGAGAGAGGAGAGCUCAAGCUGGCCGACUUUGGCCUGGCCCGGGCCAAGUCAAUUCCAACGAAGACCUACUCCAAUGAGGUGGUGACACUGUGGUACCGGCCCCCCGACAUCCUGCUUGGGUCCACGGACUACUCUACCCAGAUUGACAUGUGGGGUGUGGGCUGCAUCUUCUAUGAGAUGGCCACAGGCCGGCCCCUCUUCCCAGGCUCCACGGUGGAGGAACAGCUGCAUUUCAUCUUCCGUAUCUUAGGAACCCCAACUGAGGAGACGUGGCCAGGCAUUCUGUCCAACGAAGAAUUUAAGACAUACAACUACCCCAAGUAUCGAGCCGAGGCCCUUUUGAGCCAUGCACCCCGAUCCUCUUGUCCUUACGGUAGACUUGACAGCGACGGGGCUGACCUCCUCACUAAGCUGCUGCAGUUUGAAGGUCGCAAUCGGAUCUCCGCAGAGGAUGCCAUGAAACAUCCAUUCUUCCUCAGUCUGGGAGAGCGGAUCCACAAACUUCCUGACACUACUUCCAUAUUUGCACUAAAGGAGAUCCAGCUACAAAAGGAGGCCGGCCUUCGGUCUUCGUCAAUGCCUGACUCAGGCAGGCCAGCUUUCCGCGUGGUGGACACCGAGUUCUAAGCCAGAGACCGAGGCCCCAGCAGGCAGCAGCUGGAGGGAUGCCACUCCCCCUCACAGGGCAGCCCCCAACUGUAUCCUCCUUGCUUGCUGCCUGCCUACCUGCCUGACUCAUGCUCGCCUGCCCACAUGUCCCCUGCUGCCUGUCCAAACACCCGACCAUUGGCCUGUCAACCCACCCAUUGGCCUGUCUGCUGGGUGCUAACAAAGCUCUCAUCGCUCCUUC